GGUCAGUGGACUUCCGGCAGCUGGACGUCGGAGAACCCGGAGUGUUGGGGAUGGCAACCAAGCGCCUGGCGCGGCAGCUUGGAUUAAUUAGGAGAAAAUCAGUUGCACCAGCAAAUGAGAAACAAGGAAGAAGCAAAUCCAUUGUAUGACUACUUAAUUGUGAUUGAUUUUGAAUCCACCUGCUGGAAUGAUGGGAAACACCACAAUAGCCAGGAAAUAAUUGAAUUUCCAGCAGUAUUGCUGAACACAUUAACUGGAGAGAUUGAAUGCGAAUUCCAUGCUUAUGUUCAGCCUCAAGAACAUCCAAUCCUUUCGGAAUUUUGCAUGGAGCUGACAGGCAUAAAACAGGCUCAAGUUGAUGAAGGAGUCCCUCUGAAGAUUUGCUUAUCUCAGUUCUGUAAAUGGAUUCAUAAGAUUCAGCAACAGAAGAAAAUUAUUUUUGCUACUGGGGUUUCGGAGCCUUCUACUUCUGCAGCAAAAUUGUGUGCAUUUGUUACUUGGUCAGACUGGGACUUGGGGGUUUGCCUGGAGUAUGAGUGUAAAAGAAAACAACUGUUAAAACCCGUGUUCUUAAAUUCCUGGAUUGAUCUCAGAGCAACUUACAAGCUCUUCUAUAGAAGAAAGCCAAAAGGACUAAGCGGUGCCUUGCAGGAAGUGGGAAUAGAAUUCUCAGGACGAGAACAUUCUGGGUUGGAUGAUUCUCGCAAUACUGCUCUUCUUGCUUGGAAAAUGAUCAGAGAUGGGUGCCUAAUGAAAAUUACAAGGUCCUUCAACAAGGUUCUCACAAAGAAGAAUCCCAACAUUCUGGCCAGAAAUUUGAAUACAAAUCAAGAAGAAACAUCUGCCUGCAACAUUAGCAUCCAGGGUUCCAAUAUACAUGAUAGAGAGCCUAAAAAUACAAUAAGUGCUCAUGAAAAGGUUCAAAUGAAUUUAGUUUGUGUGAAUUCCCCUAUAACAGUACAAAAGGAUCAGUUACAAGUAAAGAACAAUAUAAAAGCCGGUCCUCACAAUGUCGAAAGUUGCUUAUCUGUUUUUAAUACUAAGCCCUCUACAUCUUUGGGACAGUUGCAGUCUCCCAGCCUAAAUUCAUCUAUCUAUGUGCAGAAGCAAAAAAAAAAUGAACAUCUUGUAGUUAAUACCAAAUCUAAGUCUUCAACAUUUAAUUCAGAAUUGGUACUUGUCUCUACUACCAUUCCUUCUGUUAAUCAUGUUUCUGAAGUGGAAAUGAGUUCUACUCUUGACUCUUUGCCUAUGUUGGCUGAAUGGGAAGACAUAGUUUUACUGCCAGCAUCUCAACCUGAGGAAAAUAUAGAUAGUCUACUUCCUAUUAGUGACACAAAUGUAGAGACUUCACUUAGUUCUGGAGAAAGAGUAAUGGUUUUAAAAGAGUCAGAAGUGCUGAGUCAUGAAAAUUUUGGAGGCAUCAAGAAAACUUUAAAGGAAUUGGAGACCACUAAGUCCAUUGUGUAUAAGAGUCCUCACACUACUAUUUAUAAUGUAAAAGAAGCUAAAUAUCCAGGUUCAGAUGUGUCUGCCUUUAAAUUACCUGAACGCAAAUUAUGUGCCUUUAAUGGUGUUAAUGCCAGUGCAUCUCAUCCUUCAGUUUUGGGGAAACAUCCUCUUUCUUUAGGUGUCUCUAAAAGGAAUUCAUCUAGUCCCCCAGUUUUCCCACCAGCAAAAAAACAGACCUUCACUAUUCAUGAAGAACAGCCAGCAUCAUCUGUUUGCUCCCCAGGAAAAAGUUCUUGUCAGAAGGUUGCCCCCGCUGUAUUAACUUCUGCAGUGAAUCCACAAGAGCCUUGGAAGAGUGGGAAAAUGACACCUCCCUUAUGCAAGUGUGGCCGGAGAUCUAAGAGACUUGUUGUUUCUAACAAUGGACCAAACCAUGGAAGAGUCUUCUAUUGUUGCCCUAUUGGCAAAUACCAAGAAAACAGAAAGUAUUGUGAUUAUUUUAAAUGGGAACAAACACUUCAAAAGGAAAAAGCCAACAACACGCUUCUAUCUCAUUCCUCAGGGAGACUCACUUUUAGUUCUCCAGUAACAAGCCAUAUUCGUGAUAGUAAUUGUCUUCCUACUAAAAAUUCUUUGAGACUCAGACCUUCAAUGAGGAAUUGAUAAAUUUUCUGUACAGUUAAACUGUUUUUACUUUUAGGACAACUUUUAUGUGACUUUUAGUGCAGGAAAGAUAAAAAAGUAUAGUGCUACAAGUUAUGGAGUCUUACCAUAUCUGAAUUCUGUAGACUGUAUUGUAGCAGAUACACACACGCACUCACACAAGCACACACACACAUACAGAAAGAAAAUAUAUUUCAUGCCUUCCACUUUCACUCACCAUUUGCUUAAYAAUUGCCUUCUGUUUGUUCAGGUAUGAAUCCUAAUUACUCCUUAAAUUCCCAAACAUGAAUAUUCUGGUACUAUCUUACACAUUUUACUUAUAUUUCAUAUAAUAAUGUUUGCUGAAUUUUCAUGCCUCCUUGAAGAAUGACCAAAUAUUUUAUAAACUGUAUUCAUUAGGUUAAAUAAUCAAUAAUAGUACAUGAUAUUYAUUUUUCUAGUUAGACCUUGAAACAAAUUAUAAGCUAUUUUUAAAUUAUUUGAAUAAAAAUGUGACUAAUAAAAUUUCCUACUCUAUUUUUAGGUAGAUACUUGAGAAUUAUGAUAAUCUCCAGAUUGAUAUUUUUUAUUUUUCUGAAAAAUUAUAAGUUGUUUAGUUUUAUUCAAGGCUUAAUUAUUCUAAUUUGUAUAUUCACAUAUUGGAAUUAUUUAACUAAGGCUUAAAAUCCAAUGUGGCAGAGAUUUGAUUGAUCGAUAGAACCUGCUUCUAUACCAAACAUUUAAGAAUGCUGUGAUCUGGGGAUAUAGCUCAGUUGUUGAACAUGUACCUGGCAUGUGCUAGGCCCUGGGUUUGAUCCAAGAAGUAUCAAA